AGAAUUCCAAUUGCGAGUGAAUAUCUCGGAUCUGUUCCUCGCCGGAAGCGAGACGACUUCCAACACCAUCCGUUGGUGCGUCCUUUUCCUCCUCUGUCAUCCUGAAACUCAGGAGAAACUUCAGACUGAAGUCGACGAUGUCGUCGGACGCGACAGACUUCCUUCUCUCAACGAUCGAGACAGGAUGCCCUACACGGAGGCCUUCAUAAUGGAAGCGCAGCGCCUGGGGAACGUGGUCCCCCUCGGCGUGGGCCACGCCGCUACCCACGACCUGGAAUUCGCGGGCUAUCGAUUCCCAAAGGUCGGGAUGAUGUUCCAGGCGAACGUUUGGUCUUGUCACAUGGACCCCAAGUUCUGGCCGGAUCCAGAAAAGUUUGAUCCCGGAAGAUUUCUCAACUCGGACGGGUCCUUGAAGACCAAAGUUCCCAGCUUCCUCCCCUUUGUCCUCGGGAAGCGUCAAUGUCUGGGCGAAUCUUUGGCACGCAUGGAGCUCUUCUUGUUCUUGGCCAUCUUCAUGCAAAUAUUCACGUUUCGGACCACAACAGGGAGUGCCCUUCUCAAAGCUGAGGAUGUCGACAACUUCAUCGUGAACUCUCCGAAACAUUUCCAAUUCCUCCUCGAGGAGAGGAAACAGUAGAAUGAGAAUGACAAGACAAAUAUGGGAAACCAUACUGACGCCGUCUCUGUCACGAACGUGUACUAUUGAAACAUAUACGGGUAUUAAAACAUGUACGGAUCUCCCUAAUGAAUAUGUAUUAAGAGGAACGGAAAUAAUUCAUUUCAUUUCGGGCCAAAUGGAG